AUGGAAGCCCUGCAGCCGCUCUGCAACGACAGCUUCUCCUAUAGAUGGCUGAUGAACGGGGAAGACACAGAGGGCGGCGCCUUCAUCGAGAUCGACCCUCGACUGGCGUCCCUGCGAAGGGCCAUUGACGCCGCCCACGACUUCGAUUUUGGUCUCUCGGGCUCACAGUCCCCCGCCCUCGUCCACGCGGACCAGAUCUUCUCCGACGGGCUGAUCCUUCCCCUCCACAUGUCGACGCCGGCGAGGAGGCAGCAGGCGGACGGGUCCCGCUCGUCGGACUCCGACGACUCUAUUCUGAGCAGGUCCCUGUCGCUGGACUCCUCCAGCCUGCUGCUCUCUCUCAGCAAGAGGCAUCACCGAUCGCCGUACUCUUCAGCCGGCGCCAGCCAGCCGGCGUCCCCGCAUUCGUCGACGUCGCCGCUGCGCUUCGACCCAUCGGCCAAGAGGGCGUUCUCCAGGAAGCAGCCCACUGUAUCGAAGAAGAUCCUGCAGAAGUAUCUCUGCUUUUUGUUGCCCCUGUACAAGAAGGUCAAGGGGUUGAAGCUAUCAUGGAGGCCCGGGGGCUCGUCCAUGGUGGUGCCGUCCACCCCGAGGAGCUGCGCAUCGUCGUUUAUGGGCUCACCGAGGGCCGGAGACGACUGCUGCCGCCUCACCAGGGCAGCGCUGGACUCCGGCAUGGAGAAGUCGAUCCACGACGCCGUUCUCCACUGCAAGAAAUCGAUAGGCGAGAGCAGGCUCGUGAAUUUUUCCUAG